UCGAACGAAACGCGACCGAUUAUUCUUACUUCUUUCUUUAAAAUUCGCGCGUUCGAUGUGAGUGCGAUAUUCUAAAAGAAGAUGCGGUUUGCUUUUGGUCUUGCGACGGUCACUUUGGUGGCCCUAGUUUCGUCCACACUAUCUGUGACAUCCAUGACGCAUACCGAACAUUUAAUCGCCGAUGAAUACGAUGAAGAAUACUACGACGAAGACUACGAGGGAGGUCGGGACUAUAAGGAAGGCGACGACAGCGAGGGCGACGAAUACGCCGUAACAGAAGAAACAGAACUCGAUCCGAAGGAGUACGUCAUCGAGGACGUUGUGCAUGCGAACAAGAAUUCCACCAGAGAAGGAGACGAAACCAAACCAAAAGAACGAGAAGACCAGCAAGAAACCGUAGUUGAAUACGACGAAGACGAAAAUGGAGGGCGUAUCAAGGCACAUGCCGCUGCAGGUAGCGACAAUGCCAGUACAAGUCCGCCAGGCGAAGACGACGUCGUCCACGAGGAGGUUUUGAAGAAAGAGUACGACGAUUAUGACGAAGAUUCAGGCGAAAUAUCAGAAGAUUUGGAGACGACAACGGCUGAAGUGGCAACAUUGACUACGGAUUCGACUGCGACAGAGCAGGACCAAACGCUCUUUACCGAAGUAAGCACGACUUCAAUCGAAAACAUCACUUCGGACUCGACGACAAGUACCGCCAUUCUGGAGGACAAAGUGGACGGAUUUGGGUCGACCGUGGCGCCAUCUGACGACGAUUAUAGCGAAGAAUACGACGUUAUCGUGGAACCCACACUGACGGUCGAGGUGUGCGAUGCUGGGUACCAAAUGAACGGGCACAACGAAUGCAUUGAUAUAGACGAGUGUGCGGUAGGUGCGGUCUGGUGCUCGCACGCUUGCCAAAACACUCCUGGCGGAUACCAGUGCACGUGUCCCAAUGGGUUCGAAUUAGCCAAAGAUAACACGUCGCGGUGCGUCGAUGUGGACGAGUGCCUGUCUUCGCCCUGUUCUCACGCGUGUGUCAACCUCCUCGGCGAAUUCAAAUGCGAUUGUCCGACAGGGUUUGUCCUCGACGACUCCACCACCCGCUGCGUCGCCCGUCUCAACUGUUCACACGCAUCAACCAAAAUCAACCGCAUUGAAAGAUGCACGUGCAAAACGGGUUACGUUUUGGGCGACGACCAAAGGAGUUGCGAGGACUUGGACGAGUGCCUGGCGGAGAACGAGUGCUCGCACUCGUGCCACAACGUCCCGGGUUCGUUCUACUGCACUUGUCCCGGUGGUUUUCGUUUGGGCGUGGACGAAAGACAUUGUUUUGACGUAGACGAGUGUCUGGAGGAUGAUCCCUGCUCCGCGGUGACGGCGACGACGUGCCGAAACACUCCGGGUAGUUUCGAGUGCGUCGCCGUGGACGUCGAAACCUCCUGUUCCAUAAACAACGGCGGGUGCUCCCAUGAGUGCAUUUUAGGCUCUGACGGGGUCGUAUGUUCAUGUCCAGACGGACACGACCUCAUUAACGGCACAAGCUGUCUAGACAUCAACCCUUGCUUGAUGAGUAACGGAGGUUGUUCUCACGAGUGCUCCUUCAGCUCCGGCGAGGUUGUAUGUUCAUGUCCCGACGGGUAUGAGCUUAUUAACGACACCAGGUGCCUAGAAAUCAACCCCUGCCUGACGAAUAACGGAGGGUGUUCCCACGAGUGCUUUUUCAAAUCUAACAGCGUUGCCUGUUCAUGUCCGGACGGCUAUGAGCUCGUUAACGGCACCAGGUGCCUGGAGUCCAACCCCUGCCUGAUAGAUAACGGCGGUUGUUCCCACGAGUGCACCUUCGGCGACGAAGGAGUCGUGUGCUCUUGUCCGGAUAGACACAACCUUAUCAACGGCACCACAUGUCUUGAGAUUAACCCCUGCCUGAUAAACAACGGAGGUUGUUCUCACGAGUGCACGCUUAGUUUCGACGGUGUCGUGUGCUCCUGUCCCGAAGGGUACGAAGCGCGUGGCAAAUCUUGCGUAGCGAUCAAUCCCUGCGACUAUAAAAACGGGGGUUGCUCGCACUCUUGUACUGCAAUCGGCGGCAAUGUGGUGUGCAAGUGUCCGCCAGACUACGAGCUCUUAUUCGGCAAGACUUGCUUCAAGAAAGACCCGUGCUUGGUCAAUAAUGCCGGGUGUUCCCAUGGGUGCGUCAAUGACGAAGGUGUAGCUAAGUGCGAAUGCCCCAAGGGGUUCAAGUUGGUUGAGAAAACGUGCUCAAAGAGGUCGUGCGAAGUCGUGAACGGCGGUUGUUCGCACGUGUGCAACGAAGUUGAAGGUCGGCCGGUCUGCAGUUGUCCCCAGGGUUACGUUUUGAGGCCCAACAAGCGCGUCUGCAAAGAGAUUAACGAGUGCAGGACGUACAAGGGCGGCUGCAGUCACGGGUGCGUCAAUACCCCCGGAUCGUACCGAUGCACGUGUCCUUCCGGGUACCGUCUGGGGUCAGAUAAGAAGAAGUGCGAAGACGUAGACGAGUGUAACGAGGGAAACGGAUGUUGCCAGAUGGGCUGCAGAAAUUUGGACGGAGGUUUCAUGUGCGAGUGCGAGCGGGGUUAUGUCCUGCAGAAAGAUCGCAGAACCUGCAAGUCGACGAGACGGUCUUCGUGUGCUUCACUCCCGAAACUGGAGCACGGAGAGGUGAAGUGCCUCGGCGGAGAUGUUAACCAGCUAGUUCCCGCGGGGACUAAGUGUAUGGUAAGGUGCGACAAGGAAUACAGGCUAGUGGGUCGUCAGAGCAUGGUUUGCGUGGACGGUCGAUGGGACCACGACGAUAUUAGAUGUAUACGCGACACUGAAUAUAAAAUCCGUUGCCCAGGCGACGGCAAACUGGUCUACGUCUUACCCCCGGGACGUAGUAGCAUCCUGGUGCAAAUUCCCAGGCCCGAAACUAGCGUCGAUUUUGAUAAAUACGUCACCGCUCGACCCCUCUGGGCAAAAACGUUGGAAAACACUCUUCCUGUGGGAAAGACUACCGUAGAAUUCAGACUGGAAUAUGUGGAUCGGGUCGUUUCUUGCGAGCUCACCAUCGACAUCCAGGACAAGGAGAUCCCAACAGUGCACGAAUGUCCGCGGGACAUCGAAGUCAUCUUGCCCAGGGACGAAUCUGGUCAGAGCAUAUCCUGGAAGGAGCCUUGGUUCGAGGACAACGAUAGGAUAGUGAAAGUGGUUAAGUCUAGGGAACCUCACGAUUAUUUCGUCGUUGGGCUGCACCACGUGACAUACGUUGCGACCGACGCCGCCGGCAACAGAGCCUCGUGCCGGUUCACGAUCGACGUCAGAGAAAACGACGACUUUGAGGUGCUGAGUUCGACUCGUACGCACCAGUUCACUGUGGCUGACCGGAGAAGCGACGGCAAGUACUACAAAGCGGUUUUGGUUUGCCCGAACGCCGAAAGCGAAGCCAAUUCCGUCAUGUCGGAUUUGGAAUGCGUGUGGAGGCACGUUAGAGUCAAAAAUCCAUCCCGGAAGGAGUACGUCCCGGCUCCGCCAUGGUUCGGACGUGUCCACAACGAACCACCCAAAGUGUUCGAUGAUAGCCGUUUGCCGAUAUACGCGCGAAAACAGAGAAACGAAUUAUUCAGGUGGAAUCGGUAGGUCCCGUCAUCAGGGUUGUACGAUUA